CGGCCAUAUUUGUCAGUGUUUUUAGAUGUUGUACAACUGUCUCUCAAAAAUAAUUUACUGGCCUCAGGAUGGUACUCUGAUUUUGUUGGAAUGACGUUACACAGUUUGGACUAUUCUUUGCCAUCUCCCUUUUCUUCCUGAAAUUGAUAUCUAUACUCGAUAGCGGUAGCGUUUCCAACACUGCCAGUGCCGAGUUAGUUGUACCGGCGAGACGGACAACUGAUCCGCGCCUGUAGAGGCCAACUGGUCGACGCUUGUAUGUAUUGAUCGGAUCUUAUUGUCUCGCGUGUUUUCUAUUAUAUCGACAAUUCAACCCAUGGUCAUUCACAUCCAACAUGUCUUCGUCUUCCUCGAAUAACUCGUCGGUGAACCAAGAAGAAAUCAUAUCAGGUACCAGGCAGGUUAUACAGGGACUUGAACAAUUAAAAAAUGAACAUAAUAGUAUCCUGAAUGGUCUCUAUCAGUCAUUAAAGGCUGUAAAAAAGGACAAUGAAGACUCCAAUCUCACUGAAGAAAAGACUUCAUUAUUACAGAAGUCAUUGGAGAGUCUUGAACUGGGCCUCAAUGAAGCGCAGGUGAUGAUGGCAUUAGGUCACCAUUUAAAUAUGGUGGAAGCCGAGAAACAGAAACUUAGGGCCCAAGUAAGGCGGUUAUGUCAAGAGAACGCAUGGCUUCGGGAUGAACUUGCUAAUACACAACAAAAGCUCCAGUCUAGUGAACAGUCAGCUGCCCAGUUAGAAGAGGAAAAUAAGCAUUUAGAAUUUAUGAAUCAGAUGAAGAAAUAUGACGAUCCAGAUGCACAGAGUGAAGAAAGUACAACAGAAAAAGAUACACCUUUAGACUUGGGUUUUCCUGAGGAAGAGGAAGAUCAGCAACAAGAUGAGGGUUAUCCACCACAACAGCCAACCAAUCCACAAGCAGCUGCUGCCGCUGCUGCUGCAACUGGUGGUUACGAGAUUCCCGCUAGAUUGCGUACAUUACAUAACUUAGUUAUACAAUAUGCUUCACAAGGAAGAUACGAAGUAGCUGUUCCUUUGUGCAAACAAGCUUUAGAGGAUUUAGAGAAAACUUCUGGUCACGAUCAUCCAGAUGUAGCUACAAUGCUCAAUAUUUUAGCCUUAGUCUAUAGGGACCAGAAUAAAUACAAAGAAGCUGCUAAUCUUUUGCAGGAUGCACUCGCUAUUAGGGAGAAGACAUUAGGUCCUGAUCAUCCUGCUGUCGCAGCCACACUUAAUAAUUUAGCUGUUUUAUAUGGCAAACGUGGUAAAUACAAGGAGGCUGAGCCUCUGUGCAAGAGAGCUCUAGAGAUCAGAGAAAAGGUGCUUGGUAAAGAACAUCCAGAUGUUGCUAAGCAACUGAACAACUUGGCUCUCCUGUGUCAGAACCAAGGCAAAUAUGAAGAGGUUGAAUGGUACUACCAAAGAGCACUAGAAAUUUACCAAUCUAAACUUGGACCUGAUGAUCCUAAUGUCGCCAAAACAAAGAACAACCUGGCGUCUGCAUAUCUAAAACAGGGCAAGUACAAAGCAGCAGAAACACUCUAUAAACAGGUACUGACAAGAGCCCAUGAAAGAGAAUUUGGAAGUGGAGAUGAAAAACCUAUCUGGAUGCAAGCAGAGGAAAGGGAAGAAGGAAAGUCAUCCAAACCUGCACAAAAAGGAAAAGGAAAGGACAAUGCACCAUAUGGUGAAUAUGGGGGCUGGCACAAAGCGGCUAAGGUUGACAGUCCCACUGUUACUACUACUUUGAAGAACCUAGGUGCAUUGUAUCGGCGUCAGGGUAAAUAUGAAGCUGCUGAAAUACUAGAGGACUGCGCCAUCAGAGCGCGCAAAAACACCGGUUCGGUUCAUUCAGAUAUUGGAAAAAGAACAAAUGCUUUAGAUGUUGUACGACAAGCCAAAGUAGCAGAACUUCUAGGUAACGAAGCUGGUGCUGAACACGGUGGUGUUAGAGAUAAAAAAGAGGAGAAGGUGGCUUAUGAAAAAAAGGAAAGCGGAAAAGAAGAAAUUUCUCUUUCUUUACAGAACCCUUACCUUUUAGAUCCUGUGUACGAGGAUGAGAGUGGUAAUGGGAAAUUGAAACGCAGUGGAUCGUUCUCCAAAUUACGAGCCUCCAUCAGACGUGGAAGCGCCAAGCUGGUCAGCAAAUUAAAAGGCAGAGAAGCCGAAGGGGAACCCACUAUGACCACAGGGAGCAUGAAAAGAGCAAGUUCUUUAUCGGUACUAAACAGUAAUAGUAGAUAUGCUGAUGAACAGCCCAUCAUGGCUAGUCGUCCUUUAAGCAGAGUUGGUAGAGUGGGUAGUCAUGAUGCACUAACAACGAAUAGAAGAAGAAAUUCGGCGCCCAAAUAUUCAGAAUUAGCUUAGCUCUUUACAACUAUAACCUGCUCAUCCCUAUGUAUGUUCUAUGUAGUUUGGUAUGAUCUUAUUAUAUAAAGUGGCCCAGUCCACUACAUAGAAACUAAGAGGAUUUGCUUGUCAAUGUUAAUAUAAAAUUGUACAACCCAGUCUUAUAAAUGUAUUAUCAGAAAUGUAAACUUAUUUCCUAAUAUUGAAAAUGUUUUUUUUGUUUUUUUUAAAACCUUGAGAUGCAUUUCUUAUAUAUAUCACUAUCAUCACCACAUUCUGAUUCAUGUAAAUGGUAUUGGUGACUGUUGAUUAUUAUGUGAAACGUGUAUUGUCUCGUGUGAAAAUAAUGUCCCUGCACUACCCACCACUUUGUGCACUGUAUCAAUAUAUUAUACCACACCAAGCUCAUCAAUGGCAUUACAACCAACACAACUAUUUAUCAUUUAAAUGUAUGAUAUGUUAGAUGUUUAACUACUAAUACUAGUAAGGUUGAUUUGUACUGGUGUAUUCUGUAAAUUACCGGUAAUAAUGUAUGAUACCUCUGUUCUAGUAGUGACUGAUGAAGAAUGGAUUAAUAUAUAGUUUAGUAAAUUGUAGAUGUAUUUGGAAGUCAGAAUUGGUUGUGAUGAGAAUCAUUGAACUUGAUUUCGAUUGAAUGAUUAACUAUCAGUAACCGUAUAUGUAAUAGCUUACGUUCAUGCUGAUUCUGUUAACUAUCAGUAACCGUAUAUGUAAUGGCUUACGUUCAUGCUGAUUCUGUUUUCGUCAAAUACUACAUUGUAGCAAUGUCUUUCUGGUAUUGAAUUAUGACACAUGCCUGGUGUGAUGUGUUGAAGGACAAAGAACCUGUAAUUUUUAAUAAAUAAAUACAAUGUAUUGUCAGAUAUGCAAAAUAAUACAUGUUACUACUAGUAUGAAUGCAUCUUGGCCCAUGUAUACCUAACCAUACAUGGUGUUCAUUUUAAACUAACAGCAGACCAGUUCCCAUUGUCUAUUCAAAUUAGCCUGAAAGAAUAUAUGAAAACUGUACAUUUGUUCACCUGUCUGUAUUUUACACGUAUUCAAUAAAUUGAACAACCUGGUAACACUGUAUACAUGUAUAGAAUUGGAUGCAAAUAGAUGACAUUAUCUAGCUUCGAUCAUCUUGCUGUCAAUACUGACAGUGAUAUCAAUUAAGUCUUGCUUUUUUACUGCUACUCCUAUAUUGAAAAAUGGACUGGCCCAUAUUAAAAAAACAUCUCAGAUCAUACCAAAUUUUUCAGAAUAUAGGGGUGGACAGUUUCUAGAAUAAUUCUUACAUUAAAUAAUUUUAUUCUUACAAUAGUGUGCAAGUCAUGGUAGACUGCCCUAAAUCAUGGCUCUGUGGAAUCACACUUUAUUAUACAUCAUAAUUCUAGUUGUACUUUGUGUAGAUGUCUAGACAACUUUACUGUAACAAAGCUUUUCAAGAGAUGUGUCUUUGCUUAUUCUCUGCAAAAGCCAUGUAUAUUGUGUAUAUUUGCUAUAAUUCUUUUAUAUUCUGUAAACAUAGGUCUACGGUUAAUUUUAAUUGUUGGCUUCAUACUGGCGACAUGCACAAGGACAGCUUUUCAAUGUCUUGUGAAAUAUAUAUAUUUAAAUGUGAAGGCCUAAUGUUGUGUAAAAUAUUGCCAACUUUUCUCUGUAAUCAUCACCUUUGCUGUAUUCAGUAAAAUAUUUAAAGUUCAAUCUUGACAAAUAAUCAAAAUGGCGAGAAAUUGGUGGUCUUCGUACAAAUUUAUUUUGCAAAUUGUAUAUUUGCUUCCUUUUUUUUUUUAAGCAUUUCCCCCUCUGCAAUUCUGUUGGUAUUCUCAGCAUUGUAAAUACCUGUUACUUUCUUAUCAGCUGGCAUUCUAAUUUGAAUCAUUUAUUUACAACCUUGGUAUUUUAUACAUUCCCUCUCCACAUCGUAGUUGCAACACAUAUUGUCAUUCAAGAAACCAACCACUUUAGGGAGUGUUUGUUGUUUGUCUCUGUUUAUGGAAAGCAGGAGUGUCUACAUAUAUAAGCAGUGAUAUGUAAGGCAGUCAACCAGCUGACCUUCAUUGCAUUUGGAGUAAACACUUCUAUUCUCCAGUCAACCAAGCUAACACCCUUUUCCCCCCCACCUGUGGUUAGAUUUCAUUGUCCAAAUCACUACUUUUUGAUGCAGUCUAAACCAAUUUUGCUGGUAUUACCGUUUAGAAAUAAUGAAACUUGCUUUGGUUGAUCAGAUGAAUUUUCCCAUAUUUGUGUUUCUGAGCUUAGUUUUCAUCAACUUUUGUUGCAUACUGGGCAUUUACCCCUUUUAUGCUGAUUAUACAAAACUAAAUGAACUAUUCUAAACAGUGGGUUGAUGCACAUGUUCAAAUAAAGCAAGUUUCAUUUUUAUUAGUUUAGUGAAUAACCAAUCACAUCACAUUACAGCACUGCCAAAUGUAACUUAUGAUUUUACAAAAUAUUGGCUAACAUGUCCUGGAUAAACUUUUACUACUGCCCUGUUCUAUCACGUUAUGUACCGUAAUAAUUUUAGAAGCUACCUCUAUGCAUGAUUCUUAGGAUUGUUUUUAGCUGGAUAUUUAAAAUGGUUGGGCAAUAUUUUUAAAUGCUUGUGAAAUUUUUCUGCAAAAUAAUGUAUGAUGUAAGAAUUUUGGUGAAAUACUGUGUCCUUGCACAAAUAAAAUAAAUCAUAGAUAUUGCAUCUGAACA